AUGUCUCUGCAGGAUUAUAUCGCAGUUAAAGAGAAAAAUGCUAAGUACCUUCCACAUUCAGCAGGACGUUAUGCGGCAAAGCGUUUCAGGAAAGCUCAGUGCCCUAUUGUGGAACGUCUUACAAACUCUCUCAUGAUGCACGGCAGAAACAAUGGAAAGAAAUUAAUGGCUGUGCGAAUUGUUAAACACGCCUUUGAAAUCAUUCAUCUUCUUACUGGGGAGAACCCUCUACAGGUUCUUGUCACAGCUAUUAUCAAUUCUGGUCCAAGAGAAGAUUCGACGCGUAUUGGACGCGCUGGUACUGUAAGGCGACAGGCCGUGGACGUAUCCCCGUUACGUCGUGUUAAUCAAGCUAUCUGGUUGUUAUGUACUGGCGCGCGAGAAGCUGCAUUCCGCAAUAUUAAAACAAUCGGCGAGUGUUUAGCCGACGAACUUAUUAACGCUGCUAAGGGUUCGUCGAAUUCAUACGCAAUCAAGAAAAAGGAUGAAUUGGAGCGCGUUGCCAAAUCCAACCGAUAAACAGCUUUAUACAUGCGGAAAAAAUAAAUAAACGUUCUAUCUUUAAA